UUCUCGCAUCCAUUGACUUUUAUUCAUGAAAGUGGAUUUUAAAGUUCAGUUUUUCUAGCUGAAAUACUUCACUAAGAGGAUUCAUUCGUUCGUGUUUGUUGAAUUUAACUCUACCAAGCAUAUUGGUAAAGACAAAAGUAUGUUUUGUAAAAUGUAACGGGCUAAAAAGUAAUGGAAAUGGUCGCCGUGCCGACGACAUACGAUCAAGUGAAUCGUGUGAACAAGCAAAAUAUUGCGGCCCACAGAGUAUUGACACAUGUUGUUGAAGGCUUUAUAAUACAAGAAAGUAACGUCCCUUUUACGGCUGAUGAUGAUGAUGACGAUGAUGAUCCUCUUCGUAAUGCAAACCAYGAUCACAAUGGUGAUAUCGACAUGGAAAUCGGAAUUGAAGCAGAUGGUGAAGUUCACAGCCCUGGCAGUCCUCUAAGCAAUGACGAAAGCAAUGAUGUCUUCUAUGACUCUAACUACCCCCCUGGUUACUGUGAACAGUGUGGAACUGCUACAGAAGUUCACCAUCAGCGUGGUCCAAGGCGCUUCUGCUCUACCUCAUGCGCUAGACGGUACAGUGUGAGCUGCUCAAGRAAGAUGAUGGCAUUUCAUGCUCGUAUGAAGAGUCCAACUAGUCGACAGAUGUCAAGUUCAAGUUGUUCAAGRACUGGGAUACCAAGCUAUAGAAAGUCCUUUCAUUCCUCAACAAAAGGAAGUUUGGAUCACCCAUUUGAGUCGUCUAUGGUUAAUGCAUCUGUACAAGUCAACGAAUUUGAUAAUGCACCUUGUAUGUAUUUUGAUUGGUCGAGAGGAGAAAUAGAGCCUCUUUGGAUAUAUGAACACAUAGAGGAAGCAAAAUGGAACGUAAAGCAGGUUUCAGAGUAUAUAAGAGGUCUGCCAGGCUGUGAGGAGUACGCCGAUGCUUUUGUAAGCGAAGAGAUUGAUGGACAGGCGUUGAUGCUUCUCAAGGAGGAACACAUGGUCGUCGCACUGAAAAUGAAGCUUGGUCCAGCGCUCAAAGUCGUAGCCAAAGUAAAUGCGAUGAAAAGAGAAGCGUACAAGAAGCUCACGGCCGAGUAGAUUUUUAACUCUUGAAUAUGUCACUAAAAUGUAUCCAUGUAAAUGUAGAUAUACUUGUUUUAACUAUA